UGAGGGUGUAUGGGGACAACAUAUCGUGGCCGACAAGGGUGAGGAAAUAAGUCGUGCUACGGGCGUUUCUGGACAAGGGUUUUCCCAACUGCGAUGGCGCAGUUGACUGCGCACACAUCUACAUGGACAAACUGGCGAACGCGCCGAGCGAGAACUACUUCGACCGCAAGCACCGUUUCUCCGUCAUUGCGCAGGUGGUGGUGGACCUGGAUCUGCCCGUGCUUAACGUGUUCGUUGGAUAUCCGAGGAACUGCCACGACAUUAGGGUGAUCCAGCUGUCAAGUCUGUCCGGGCACGCGGAAGAGGGAAUGUUGUUUCGUGGGCCGCCUGUCACGCUGCCAGGAGGGGUGAGGAGGAACGGAUACAUCUUGGGCGACAACGGGUAUCCUCCUUCUGAAUGGGUGGUGGUUCCAUAUGGAGGAAUCAAUCAGCACCCAGGCGAGGAAAGGUUCGACACGAAGCAGAAGGUCGCAAGAGGGGCUGUGGAGAGGGCAUUCGGGAGGUAGAAGGGGAUGAGGAGGCUCUUCUUGCGAACGCACAAGACGAACCUCAACACUCU